AUGGAGCGAUUUCAGGUGGGAUUCAGAUUUCUUCCGACCGAGGAAGAACUCGUUAGCAGCUACCUUAAGAGCAAGGAACUUGGAUACGUCGACAAUUGCGUCAUCCCUGAGCUUGAGGAUUUCUAUGCAUGGGAUCCUUGGGAUUUACCUAGAUUGUAUCAAAGGAUAUCGAAUAUUCCGUCGGAUGGGUUGGAUUGGUACUUCUUCUGCCCUUCUCCUUACCUAGCCCAGGGUAGGGAUCGCAUCAAAAGGCAGACAAGAAGCGGUAAAUGGAAGAUCACCUGCCAAAAGGAUGACAUAAAGACUCGAGACACCAAGGCUUUAAUAGGCACCAAGAGGAUUUUGGUCUUUAAAAAGGGUCGCGCCAAGACGGGAUGGGUCAUGCAUGAGUAUCAUUUGAAUCCGAAACUUCUUGAUGGAUACUCCUCAACCUUCCAGAUACCAUACAUCCUUUGUCGCUUGAAGAGGAAACCAGGUGAAAGCUUGGAAAUUUCCCCAAGUUUUGAAGGAGGUUCCUGUGCAACUGAUGACACUCCAGUUGCUUCUCAACAUGAGGACACAGAUCAGGAGUCAUCGUUCCAAGAAACCGUGGAAUCACUCCCUCAAUUUCAGGCGCUUGGCAACCACCUACCGAGCUACAGCUCGUAUCGCUCUUUCGAUCCGCAGCCCUUGGUGUACGACAGCGGCCAGGACAAUGAUUUUUGGUGAGCAUUGGAACGUGGAGAGCACCACCAUUAGC